AUGAUUAGGAAUACGCUUUUACCGCAGUUGAGAUCCUUGGUCAGGUUUCAAUCUACGAGCUCUAUCCCUGAGGCUGCAUCCGGUCCUAGAAAGUUACCGAUUAAUGUUGAGGCAGUUUACCACGCACCAUUAAAAAUACCAAUCACGCAUGGAGAUUUGAUAGCAGACGUCCAAUUGCGCUCCUAUGAUCAUGAAAAUCUCGACUUUUUUUCGGACUUCAUGUUGAGAGCCGGCUUUUACCUAGGAAUGCCAUUGACGGGUCCCAAACCCUUACCAACAAGAAGAGAAAGGUGGACAGUAAUAAGAUCGCCAUUCGCUCAGGCCAAAUCCAAGGAAAAUUUUGAAAGACAUACACACAAAAGACUGAUUCGGGUUUGGGAUACAAAUCCAGAGGUGUUAGAGCUGUGGCUCAGCUACAUAUCGAAACACUCGAUCCCGGGUGUUGGAAUUAAGUGUAAUUUACACCAAAAAGAAGGCAUCAAACUGCAGCAGACGCUCAAGCAAAGCUCCUUGUUGGCCGAAACACAUAAAUCACAAUCGCUGGACGAGGCCGUGGGUGAAAAAGUCCUGGAACUACUGAACAACGAGGCCUUCACUAAGCAUAUGUAG